AAACCUCAGCAUUGUAGAGGGGCUAAAACUAGUAUUAGAGCGAGUUUUAAUAGCUUUAUGGUAUUGGUAUACGUAAUCGAUAAUCAAAGCUAAUGAAGGGUUCCUAUUUAAACUUGGAAUGCGUUUGCAUCUUGGUUUGGCAUCUAUGUAAAGGAGAAAGAAAUACAAAUCACUAGGAUUUGUUUUAUGUGAAAAUGCCUGUGCCUGCAACAGCUUUAUGUUUAAUUCUUGUUUUGUUUAGCACAAGAAAUGCUGGUGGAGUUUGUCUUGCCUCAAAUAAAAUAACAUUUCCAGCUCUUUUUGCAUUUGGAGAUUCAAUAGUAGAUACGGGUAACAACAACAAGCGCUUUACAAUAGCAAAAGCUAAUAUCCCACCCUAUGGACGAGACUUUCCUGGUGGAGCUGCAACUGGAAGAUUUGGAAAUGGAAAGGUGUUCUCUGAUUUAUUGGCUGAAGGUCUGAGAAUAAAACCUUUAUUGCCUGCAUAUCUUCACCCGGUUCUUCAAGGUGAAGAUCUAGAAACAGGCGUAAGCUUUGCUUCAGGUGGUUCAGGAUUCGACGAAUUUACAGUGAAAUUACAGAAUGCUUUAUCCAUUAAGGAUCAGCUGAAUCUCUUCAAAGAAUGCGUUAGAAAGCUUGAAAGAGGCAUCGGACAGGAGAAAGCUAAUGCCACCAUUUCCAAGAGCUUGUUUCUGGUAUCACAGGGCAACAAUGACAUUGCCAUCACUUAUUUCUUAUUCCAUUUUCUAUAUGACAUUGAUGCAUACACAACACAACUGGUUAACUCAGCUUCAUCUUUUAUUAAGGAUAUGUAUGAACUAGGAGCAAGGAAGUUUGCAUGUCUAAGCCUUAUACCAUUGGGAUACUUGCCAAUUUCGAGAACAUUUGGUGGAGGAUUUCAAAGAAACUCUGUAGAUUGGCUCACCCAAGCAGCAGUGAAGUUCAAUUCUAAGCUGGAACAUGAACUGAACCAUCUUAACAGUAACCUUCCUGGAACUAGGAUACUCUAUAUUGAUAUCUAUAACCCUCUAGUUGAUCUCAUUCAAAAUCAUAAAAAAUAUGGUUUUGAAGAUUCUAGCCAUGGUUGCUGUGGGACGGGGUUGAUAGAGCUAAAUUAUGGGUGCAAUGAAUUAUUGAGUUCCUUUACAUGCUGCAAUUCAUCGAGUCAUGUAUUUUGGGACGCGGGGCAUCCCUCGGAAAGAGCAUAUAGGAUGAUAAUCUCACAACUCGUGGACAACAUUUCGCACCAGCUUUUGGAUAUUUAAAUUCAAAGGGUUUCCUCAUAUUUUUAACCUUGAAACUCACUUCAUCAUAAUUCAAGCAGGUGGAAUAUAAAAUAGGGUUGGAAACUUUUCUAUAAUAACACAUUUGUAGAUAAAAUAUUGAAAUGUGAUGAAAGCUCUUUAUUUCUCACUUUUAUCCAGUUUUUACCCCCAUAAAAGGAUGCACUUUAUUUUUUUUUAUGAAUAAUUAUUCCUUUAAUUCCGUAUUUGGGAUCAUA